ACGUCAGUGCCGGUUCCCCUCCCACUCCUUCUGCAGUCGACUCACACACUAGUCUCACUUAAUUCCGUCUCUCUCCUCUCUCUCUCUCUCUCUCUCUCUAGAAUUCCAACUGCAGAAGCGGUUCUGCCUUUUAUUGCAGCAGAUCGGCCUCACUCGUUUCGAUCCGCGUUUCUUAGGCUGAAUUGGGUUUUAAAGAUUGGUAAUGGCGGGCGAAAAGAAAAUUGAGAAAGGAGAGCCUGUAUCCACUGUAUUGAAGGCAGAUCCUGUUACUGGAUUGAGUGAUCAAGAAGUGGUUUCUGGGAAAGACGAAAUACCAUCUGAUUCAAAGUCCAUGUCUGCUUUAUUGGAUGCCACCUCUAGCAUCAAAGGUGAGACCGAUCAAGUCUCGGUUGGAGAGCAUGGUGUUUACUAUCCACCUACUAGCUGUUACAAUUAUUAUUACCCAGGUGCAGGAUAUACUGGAUCAUUUACGCAGAUGGAUGAUCAUGGUUAUAUGCAUGCUAAUAGUUCGCAUACGGGUGCUCAGUCAGAAAAUGGUUCAAUGUUGUAUUACCUUCCCAGCUAUAACCCAUAUGCCCCGGGAACUCUAAUGGGAAUGGACGGGCAAGGUGUUGGCCAACAGCAGUAUUAUCCUUCCUCGGGAUAUAUGCAACCACCUGUUUCAUAUGGAUCAGAAGCUGCGCCUUAUUCUUGGGACUCAACAUUUGGUGGAGACGUCUCAACUGCAGCAAAUGCUGGUUCUGGAAAUGUUAAGGCUGGACCUGGGUCAACUGCUUUAUCUAGGUCAAAUGGUUUUACAUUGACCAAAGCCAAUGGCCCUCUUACAAGCAAGUUUUCCAAGCCCCUCCCUCAGACACAACCUGGCAAGUCAUUAAACAAGGUUCCUCAUCUGGGCAAUGAUUUUUCAGCGGGUCUUUUGAAGGGCUACCCACCAGCAGGAAGAUUCUCAUCAUAUACUAACCAGAAAUAUGGUUUGUUUCCUCCUACUAGUCAAACAUACUACCAAUCAAAUGGUAGAAUUCUGAAUGGAAAUGAUAGAUUCAAGUCAAGGGAAAAAUAUAACAGGAAUGAAGAUUUUGAAUCUUCAGCUGAGUUGACACGUGGUCCAAGGUCCCGCAACAAGAGUUCUCCAUUAGACUCACCAAUUGAGAAGGAAGAACUAGGAAUCACUGUUCGUAGGGAUAAAUAUAACCUACCAGAUUUUCAGACAGAUUAUGAAAAAGCGAAGUUUUAUGUCAUCAAGUCUUACAGUGAAGAUGAUGUCCAUAAGUCCAUUAAAUAUGAUGUUUGGGCCAGCACUCCCAACGGCAAUAAGAAAUUGGAUGCAGCAUUUCAUGAUUCUGAGUUGAAAUUGAGAGAGACAAACACUCAGUAUCCCAUCUUUCUCUUCUUCUCGGUAAACGGAAGUGGACAGUUUGUUGGUGUAGCUGAGAUGAUUGGACAGGUAGAUUUUAAUAAAGAUAUGGAUUUCUGGCAAGUUGACAAGUGGAGUGGAUUCUUUCCAGUAAAGUGGCAUGUAAUAAAGGACAUACCGAACCCUCAGUUGCGGCACAUUAUCCUGGAAAACAAUGACAACAGACCAGUAACUUUUACCCGGGACACUCAGGAGAUUGGACACAAGCAAGGUUUGGAAUUGCUGAACAUUUUUAAAAGUUACACAGCUAAAACAUCUUUGCUAGAUGACUUUACGUUCUAUGAAAAUCGGGAGAAGUCUCUGCAAGCCAAAAGGAGCAAUAAACCCGCAACUUUGAAGAUGGAAAAUUACGAUAAUGGUGAUAUCACUAAGCAUAUGAAUGCUGGAGGGAGAAACAUUGAUGUUGAGUCAGGUGGGAUGAGGAUGGGUUCUCUCAUCUCGCUCACCAAAAAUAUGAAUCUCAACGCCUGCCCGUGACGAGAGCGGUGCUACUAUUAGGCAUUUUACGAGUUAGCCACAAUCUUCAGGUCUAGAAGGUUUUGAUUCUUAGGAUCUUUUUUUUACCCUUUAAUUCUAAGCUAUAUUUUUGUUUUCAAUCUUUCCAUCUAAAGCUGGUUUGUGAGUUUAGUUUUUGUGGUUGGCUUAUUUUGCUGUUUGAGUUUUAAGUUGAAUUUCUUGUGAGCAAGUUGUCCUAGAAAUCCAUGUUUUUCUGUUCGUUCUAUCAUGAAAGUUUGAUUUUUUUCAAUAGAGUUUGUGUUGUUCCUUGCUUUUA